CGAGCCGGCUGCGGAGGUGGAGAGUGUCUGCAGCGCAGCCCGGCGGGCGCACGGUGACCCGGAGCGGGUGUUUGCCCGUUGUAAGCCCGGUGUCGGGAUGAUGCUGAGUCGUCUCAUGAGCGGGAGUAACCGCAAUCUGGACCUGCCAUGUGUGUGCACCGUGAGGCUGCUGGACGAUUCGGAGUAUACGUGUAAUGUGCAGAGAGAUGCAAAGGGGCAGCAACUGUUUGACCUCCUAUGUCACCACCUUAAUUUGCUGGAAAAAGAUUACUUUGGUAUCCGCUAUGUGGAUCCUGACAAACAGCGGCACUGGUUGGAAUUUUCAAAGGGUAUCGUCAAACAGAUGAGAGCUCGUCCCCCAUUUAUCCUGUGCUUUCGAGUAAAGUUUUAUCCUCCAGACCCAGCAGCACUUAAAGAAGAAAUCACAAGGUAUCUGGUUUUCCUGCAAGUAAAGAGGGAUUUGUACCAUGGGCGUCUACUCUGUAAGACCUCGGAUGCUGCCUUGCUCGCUGCCUAUAUACUGCAGGCUGAGAUUGGGGAUUAUGAUCCAGGCAAACACCCAGAGGGCUACAGUUCAAAGUUCCAAUUCCUCCCUAAGCACUCAGAGAAGCUGGAGCGCCGUAUUGCUGAGAUUCACCGGAAUGAACUCAGUGGACUUAAUCCAGCAGCUGCCGAGCUAUGUUUUCUGAGGAAAGCUCAAACCCUGGAAACAUACGGCGUGGAUCCUCAUCCGUGUAAGGAUGUUUCUGGAAAUUCUGCAUUUUUGGCCUUUACUCCAUUUGGUUUUAUUGUGUUGCAGGGGAAUAAGAGAGUCCAUUUUAUAAAAUGGUGUGAUGCUGCCAAAAUGAAAUUUGAAGGAAAGACGUUUCAUUUGUAUGUGAGAGAGAAAGAGGAGAAGAGGUUGGUACUUACGUUCCUUGCGCCAACUCCAGAGGCAUGCAAACACUUGUGGAAAUGUGGAGUGGAGAAUCAGUCCUUCUACAAAUUAGAGAAUUCCAAUCAGGUCCGCACAGUCUCCAGCAGCAAUUUAUUUUUCAAAGGCAGUCGUUUCAGAUAUAGUGGUCGAGUUGCUAAAGAAGUUAUGGAAUCAAGUGCAAAAAUCAAGAGAGAACCACCCGAAAUUCACAGGGCUGGGAUGGUGCCGAGUCGCAGUUGUCCCUCUAUCAGUCACGGCAUGCGGUUGAGUAGUGUACCCCGGACCCGUAGGAGAGCUGUUCACAUAUCCAUCAUGGAAGGUUUGGAGUCUCUCCGUGACAGUGCACAUUCCACCCCUGUUCGCUCCUCGGAUCAUAUCGAUGCUUUGUCUCCUGGAGUUUCCCGAGAAACGGUGUUCAGUGAUGAAGCUUAUACACCAUGCUGCAGCAUCCUCCCUACACCUGUGUGUGAUCCUACCCUGGAGACAGCUUUUGGGCAGCAGGUGAAUGGGGCACCAUGCACCACCCAAGAAGAGGAAGGUGAUGUCUCUGUGCACAGUGUGCCUGACACCGAAGUUCCUCCACCUGCUCUUCCUGGGCCAGAGGGGGUCAGCCAGAGGGAAUCCGAAUCAGAGCAAGGAAACAAGUUUCUGCAAAGUGUGCUUCGACUGCUGGCAGUCACAUUUUGUCUUCUUCUAGCAUUGCUUCUGCUGCUUGUCAUAUUGGCCGAGUCUGACCUGGAACUAGCUUUUCUGAGGGACAUCCGACUCACCCCUGAAUUCCAGCAGUUUCAUUAUCAGUACUUCUGCCCCCUGCGGAGAUGGGUGUCCUGCAAAUUGCACCCUAUUAUCCGCCUCAUAGACUCCUGAACCUGUGUUACGAACACACAGUGGCGAUCUUUAACUUUGAGGAGUGAUGUCUUCCACUGUCCUCCCCUUCUCAUCCCUCUAUUGACAAACCUUUCAUAGCAUAAAGUGGAGAAGUGGCAGAUUAGCACUACACUGAAACUUCUCUAGCUAAGGGUGGUUUGGGAAUUAAAGCCAAGGUGAGAGGGGUAGAAGGUGCCCCUGAAUUAUUAUGAUAUCUGCAUGGGGGGAUUAGAUCUGCUCUGCGGUCACUGCAACCUUUGUAAUUUCACACACAUCUUCACACGGUGUGAUCUUUAUGCAUUUAUGCUUCUUCAGCUCCAGGAAAAACCUACAGAAGAGUUUCAAUUGCUGUCAGAUGCUGAUCUCAUAUCUAGAUCACACUCAGCAGGAUAGUGAGCAAAACUCUCUAUAGCUAUAAAAUGGCAUCUAUUCAAAACACCAUAUUCAUUGGAGACCGCUGUACUUUUUUUUUUAUACUUCUUCGGCAGCCAGAUUGGCUUCUCUGUUUGUAAAGGUAUAUAAAUAAGCCCUGCUUGUCUAUAGAAUGAGAUCGCUAGUUGAUAUAGUCUAAAUUUGUGUGUUGACAUUGUUUACACAUUGACCAGAUUCAGAUUUUCUUGGAGCUGACACACAGAGUUAGUUGAGUUACCCCUUGUAGGAAUGUAGAGAGCUAACAGGAUAGAGUAGUUGUAUGUUUGUUGUGCAGGGCUGUCUAAAUACAGGUAUAGAGGCCAGAGACAAAAUGAUUGCGUUUAUACCUAGCACAUUUCUGCUGAUACUGGUUGUAUGUUACAGAUAUCCUUUGAUAUGUUGAUUGUCCCUCUGGCUGUAUUGACUGGAGAUCGAUACAUACAGCACAUGGUUAAAGAUUUAGGGUGGGAGUUAUGUGUCUGGAUAUUUGAGCAUAGGAGAAGAUGAGUGUGUUCCACUGCUUAUGUAUUAGGAAUUGAGAGAUCUGCAUCCUGAUGUGUAUUAAACCUGAGGGCCACAUACCUUUCACCUGUCCCUGUCUGUUAAAAGGCAGUAAGUGGUAUGGUUUAUGUGUAAUAUAACCAGUGACAGGUGUGUGUCCCCGAUGUAAGUGUAGGAGGAUAAGGUGAGUAGCAUGUGUCCCAGUACCAAGUAGUGGUGGGAGGUUUUUGU